UAACUUCACUUCCGGGGCGGCCAUUUUGGGCGGUCCGUGGCUGGUCGGUGCGGCGGCGGGGCGGGCUCGGCCCGGGCCACAGGGCUGUGACAGCGGCGGGGACAGUAGGAGCGACAGCGGUGGGGCGGACACCCGCGCCGGGCAGUGUCGGGGCGCCGCCGCAGGGCCAGAGCCGCCGCCCGGGGACCGCAGCGCCCGCCUGCCCGCGCCAUGUCGGACUUCGACAGCAACCCCUUCGCGGACCCGGACCUCAACAACCCCUUCAAGGAUCCUUCUGUUACACAAGUGACAAGAAAUGUUCCUCCAGGACUAGAUGAGUAUAAUCCAUUCUCUGAUUCAAGAACACCUCCUCCAGGAAAUGUGAAAAUGCCUAAUGUACCCAGUACCCAGCCAGCAAUAAUGAAACCAACAGAAGAACCACCUGCCUACACGCAAAUUGCUAAGGAGCAUGCCUUGGCCCAGGCAGAACUGCUGAAGCGUCAGGAAGAACUGGAAAGAAAAGCAGCUGAACUAGAUCGCAGAGAAAGGGAAAUGCAGAGUCUCAGUCAGCAAGGGGGUAGAAAAAAUAACUGGCCACCUCUUCCUGAGAAUUUUCCAGUAGGUCCUUGUUUUUACCAGGAUUUUUCCGUAGACAUUCCUGUAGAAUUCCAGAAGACAGUAAAGAUUAUGUACUAUUUGUGGAUGUUCCACACAGUGACACUGUUUCUUAAUAUCUUUGGAUGUUUGGCCUGGUUUUACGUUGAUGCUACACGAGGGGUUGAUUUUGGAUUGAGUAUUCUCUGGUUCUUGCUUUUUACCCCUUGUUCUUUUGUCUGCUGGUACAGACCACUUUAUGGAGCUUUCAGGAGUGACAGUUCAUUCAGGUUCUUUGUGUUCUUCUUUGUAUAUAUCUGUCAGUUUGCUGUACACGUACUUCAAGCUGCAGGAUUUCAAAGAUGGGGAAACUGUGGGUGGAUUUCAUCUCUAACUGGACUUAAUAAGAGUAUUCCUGUUGGCAUUAUGAUGAUAAUCAUAGCUGCACUUUUCACAGCAUCUGCUGUUAUCUCAUUAGUUAUGUUUAAAAAGGUGCACGGCCUCUACCGCACGACUGGUGCCAGCUUUGAGAAGGCGCAGCAGGAGUUUGCAACAGGAGUGAUGUCCAACAAAACUGUACAAACUGCUGCGGCCAAUGCCGCAUCAACAGCAGCCACCAGCGCAGCCCAAAACGCGUUCAAGGGUAACCGAAUGUAGGGAAACAAAGUCACCACGGUUCGCUUCGAUUGUACUUUGUUUUCCAGUCGCUUACGUGUUCCCUAAAAGUCUAGAUCGAAAUUCACACAGCAUGUUUCUCUCUUCUGCAGCUGUGCAUGGGUAAAAUGGGAAAUGAUUGGUUAAUUUUAUUAUAAAUUUAUUUAUUUUAAGAGGAAAACCAUUUUUUUCCCUUCUUUUUAAGAUGUUGCGUUCUAGAAUAAAAAAGCUUUCCAUAUGUCAUGGAGGAUAAAUAAUUUCAGCAAUUGGCCUGAGAAUGAACUGUGGUAUAUAAUGAUCAAAUAAUUGUAUUAACAAGUUUUUUAGUGGUUCACUCCAGUAUUUUUUUAACUUCAGGAAAGCACUUUGGAUCAGUUAUUUUUCUGCAUAAGAACUGAUUUCCCAAUUCCUACUAUAAGAAGUGGGGUAGACUAAGAGAUAUAGAAAGUUAGGUUUGGCUACUGCUUUUGCAACUUCAGCAGUUGCUGGAGGUGAAAUACAAGUAAGGUAGAGACUAUAACUUUUUUUUUUAAGGUAAGUCUUUUGAUAUAAACCUGUAAGUUUGCAUGAAUACUGUUAUCUGAAUUUGUUUAACUAGUUGUUUGGUCCAGAAUUUACCUGCACCACUUUAUAGGAUUUGUUUGUAUCUAUUUCCACAUAGUAUUCUCUACCUGUGAGGAAUUACUAUGGUGCAUAAGCAUUCUCUGUAAUAGAAUGUGUAAUGCAGUGUACAGUUUAAGGAAGUUAACUGGUGGUUUCAGUUGCAGAGCUAAAUGAUUAUGUAUUUACUAUUUUUAAUUUCAGUGUUCAUGUGUUGGGGUAAUAAUUUUGCUGGAAAAGAAGCCAAUAUUGACUUUUAGAACACUAGUUUCUUGUCUGCCUUCCCUCUUCUAUGUGCAGUGGGGUUUUUGUUCUAUUUGGGAUUUUUGGGGGGUUUGUUGUUUUUUGUUUGUUUGUUUGUUUUUUGUUUUUUCAAGUAUAGAUUUGUGUUUAACAGUGGUACUAAAUCUCUAGCCUGGUCAGUCACUCUGUUUACUGCUUGUCCAAACCCCUAAAUAUACAGUAUUUAAUUUUCUAAUAGGAAUAUUGUCUAAAACGAAGCCCUUUAAGCAAUGGCAUUUAACAGACACUUGAAUUAAUUUUAAUGUUAACUCAGCCAUGUCUGUAGUGUGGUUUAAGCUGUGGGGAAAAAAGCUUUUAAACUAUUUUGAAUUGGCAAAGUGAGAAAUGUUCAUCUCUAAUAAAGUUAAAUUUUUACUCAUUGAACUGGAGGCCUGAGAGGUUAAAUUGGUGCUGUGAAACUGAACAAUCCAUAAUAAUUUCACAGAAUAUUCUGAGUUGGAAGGGACCCAAAAGGAUCAUCAAGUCCAACUCUUAAGUGAGUAGUCCAUAUGGGACUGAAUGGCCCAUAAUGGGGAUCAAACCCACAGCCUUGGUGUUAUUAGCACCAUGCUCUGACCAACUGAGCUACUCUCAGGGUGGUACAUACCAUCGUAAUAUUCUAGAAUAUCAUAUAAUCGGAUCUUAGUAUAGUGACAUGUUUCUCUCCCUUGAAGAUUGUUUAUAUUCUUGGAUUGCUUCAUGAGUCUUACAUACAAUACUUGGGCAGUUUUUCAAACCAUUUUAGAAAAUGAAAACAGGAAAGACAACAUCCCACAACCUGUGUAAGUACAUACCAUGGCUGAAAUUAAUUCAGCUCUUACGGUGAAUCACCUUUAGUAAGACAGCGUAAAAUUCUAAGCCUCCUCCAUGUGUUGAAUGUGAACAGAAUUUCAUGGAUUCUUUUUUACUACACUCUAUUCACAAUAACAGAAGAUCAUUUAAAAAAAUACACCCCUAGCUUAAUCCCUGGAUCAGUAGUAUACUGUUACCAUGAAGUCCUCUAUUAGUCUCCUUUCUUUUACUAAUUUCUUUAAAUCCAACUUGAAUUUGGAUAAAUGUCAUAGCUUCACUUAUGCUGAAGUUCAUAUUAAUGAAUCCACUUGCUUUAAAUACUCUAUGUAACAAGGCCACUAAAAUUUCAUACUAGUGGACAUGCUAGCAGUGAACUUAAAUUUGUGUGGAGUGUUUUAAAAGCUUUACAGAUAAAAGUCACUGUUCUCUGCUGAGAUUGGGCACCAUCCUUCUAGCAGCUGUAUAUCAAGAUUGUUCUUUUCAUAAUAUUUUAAACUUAACUUGAGAGUCGUAUGUAGGAACUCUGCUAUGGAUUACUGUUAAAUCUAAAUUUAGGCAAUUCUUGGAUAGGAAUCCCAGGGACAUCAUCCUUACUAUUUAACUGAAGUUGAAGAUGGCAUAAUAGCAUACAUUAACAAAAUAUGUUAUGGGGGGAAAAAAUACACAUUAGGAAUAAUACCUGAAUUUGACAGGUAGAUUUUUUUCUUAAAUGUUUAAAGGUUCCUUGAGGAAACAUAUGUAAUGUUCUGUGUCUAAGAAUUGUUGAUUUGUAAUGUUGUGAGUUGGAUGUAUGGAUUUAAGCCUUCUGAGUGAAAUUCAAGGUUCUGUUACACAUGAAUUGUUUAGACCACAAAUCUCUGACACUUUGCAGCCCAAAAAGGAGGGAGAAGUUUGUUUAGCUUUGACAACAGAAGGCUGAGAUUGGCUAAAAUAUUUUGUACCUAACAAAUACUAGAUUUUACAAUCUCUUAUUAAUCAAAUAUGGCGCCCACUUGAGUUGUCAUUUUGUAGUAUUGUGACAAACUGAGUAAAAAGUAUGAAGUUUAAACACUGGAAUGUCAGUAGUCAUUGAUCUGUAAUUUAGCAGUUGUUUUUAUUUAUCUGAAGAUGUUUGUAUAUUUUGUAAAUUACUAACAAUGCUCUGCCAUCCUGGUGAAUGUAUAUGGUUCUGCACUUCUGUCCCUUUGUUGCAUGUCUGAGUAGUUCAGAAGUUUUGUAUAUUUAUUGUAUUAACACAGUGUCAUAGAAUAAAAAAAGACUUUUUUCCUGGGUGUUUGCUCUGUAUAGUUUCAACCAAUAUGGGGAUAUUUCUUCUAACUGUCAGGAUUAUGUGCAGGGAGGAUGAUGUGUGUAAGUCUGACUUGCUUUUUAUAAUUCUGUAUAUAGAUGCUGUAAUUCUACUGUGAAAUGGGGAAGCAAAAAGUCCACUAUCAAUAAAUCUGGUUAUUGAGAAUUAGUCUACUCAACUGUUAAAAAGAAAAUUUUUAGAAUACUUGCAGUUCACUUUCUUGUGCUGUAAACUCACGAGAGGUAAAAUCUAAACAUGUUCUGUCAUGUCUGAAUGAAAUCCUAGAGGUAUUAAGUGACUCUUAAUAUUGAAAGUAAAAUGAAGUUGCUGAAAACA